AGAAAAGCCACACACUUCUCUUACAUGUCAUGUCCUUUGACUUUCCAAAAAUCUUCAACCUAUAUAAACCCCUUCUCGCGCUCUCCGCAAUUAUUUUCUAUCCACCACAUUCACCUUCACCUUCACCUUCACCUUCACCUUCACCUCUACGGGAUGAGCCACAGCACAAGCAAUAAUUCAAGAGCCGAAGAGAAGAAAUACAAGGGAGUCCGGCGUCGAAAAUGGGGCAAAUGGGUGUCGGAAAUCCGGGUUCCGGGCAGUCAAGAACGGCUCUGGUUAGGCUCAUACUCAUCACCCGAAGCUGCUGCUGUGGCACAUGACUUUGCAUUCUUUUGCUUACGAGGACCGGAUUCUAUCGACGGCCUUAACUUCCCGACGACCCUGCCGGCUGGUCUUAGGACGGACAUGUCUCCAAGGUCAGUGCAGAGAGUGGCUUCUGACGCUGGGCUGGCCAUUGAUGCACAAAUGAUCUCCACAGAGAAGGAAGUGAAGGUUGAGGAGGGAGGGAGUAGUAAUUUUAGUCAUGGUGGAGUGAAUCAUCAUGGUAAUUUGGAGAUGGGGUUAUGGGGUACUGGUGAUGAUUAUAGAUGGACAUUAGGUCAAGGGAGUGAAUGUGGUGAGACCUUGAGCAUUUCUGUUGAAGACUAUCUUUAGAGAUAUAUAUAGUCAAUCUCUACUGGGUUUUGAAUGAUUGGUUGUAUAUAUAUAUAUAUAUAUAUACACAUAUAUGGUUAUGGAGGCAUUAUGAUAUUAUACACUUGUUGAUUGAUUAUUGUAUGUUGUUGAGGUCUUUUCAAAUCGCUUCACUCUUUUUCAAAACACCUUGAAUUAAUUAUAGUAUUUACGAUAAUAUUUAUAGGA